UUAUUCAAAUACUCCAUUUCUGUUUCAUUUUCUUUUUCAAAUCUUUUUUUUAAUUUCUUCCCCAUCGAAUGAGCCAAAUAAAAACCAUCCACAAUCUCAUUGGGUCACUAGAGAAGUUAUUGGAUCUUCUUUUGUUAUCCCUCAUUAUUUUCAUGACCCUCAAAGGUGGCACGAGUGGUGCUUGUUCCGCGUGCAAGUACCAACGCAGACGUUGUGCCACAGACUGCCCACUCGCGCCCUACUUCCCAGCGGAGCAACCAAAAAUCUUCCAAAAUGUUCAUAGCCUCUUCGGAGUUAGAAGCAUCAUCAAGAUCCUCGAGAACCUUGAUGAAGCACAGAAACCAGAAGCCAUGAAAUCAAUCAUCUUCCAAUCUUAUGUCCGUGACCGUAACCCUAUUCACGGUUGCCUCGGAAUCACACAACAACUUCAGUAUAUGAUCUGGCUCGCUGAAGAAGAGCUAAAAAUGAUCAAUUCACAACUACAAAUACAUCGUAACAACACCAACACCUGGCAAUAUCAUCACAACGCUCACAAUCAGAUGAGUCAUGAGAUUGGUGAAAAAUUAGAAGAUGUUACAUCACAACUUAAUUUGGGAGUGGGACUUAUGGUUAACAAUAACCAAAACAAUACCAUACCAUUCUUUAGUCCUUUGCCAGUUUUUGAAAGACAGCCGCAACAGCCUCAGAUGUCUUACACUUAUAGUUCUAGUGAGAUUAAUAACAAUUGCUAUAGUUCUCCUGUGUAUACAGAUUCAUGCAAGGAGAUUCUCACCACCAACAACAACAAUGUAGAUGCUUCUUUAGCUUGGGGUCAGAAUCGAUUUCCUUAUCAUCACAACAAUGGAUUUAGCAAUCAAAACGAGCAUUGUAACGAGACGAAGAGCAAUAAUGGUGUGACGGCGAUACAGUCUCAACUCGUUAAUCAUCAGAUGGUAUCAAAUCAGCAAGAUGAAGUAGAUGAUGUCGAGUAUGAUGAAAUCCAUCAGUUCCUAGAAAUAAUCGAUGAUAAGCAAUCAUUUCCAGAUACAAAAUUAACUUAUGCUUCAAGUUGCAGCUCGGGUGAAUCGCUAAAGGAACGUACAGAUGAAACUGGAGAGAGUGAAUUGAGGAGUGCGGCAACUUGCUUCAGUCUCACCAGUGUGAAUUGAUUCUCAGUGGGGAUCUUUUUUUUUUCUUUUUUUUUGUCAUCUCUCAGUGGGGAUCUUUUUAUUCAAAUUUUGAGUUUUGUUGAUUGUUUUUAAUUAAUCCCAAAACCGUUGUUAUUGGAAUUGAUUCUUAAACUUAUCAUUGUAUCUGUUUUUUUUAG